AUGGCUCUAGUUUCGAAGCAUGCUAGCGUCCUUUGUGUUUCGCAACAUGAUUUUUGUCCUACUGGCGAAAAAUCUUGGUGUUCCUACCAAAAAACGAAGACAGUUAAUAAGCUUUCAGAAUAUAAACACGAGACUCCAGUGAAUUCUAUUGUUUUUGAUGCUGUCAAGCCUAUUAAAGAGCUGAGCAACUCUAAACUUUUAUCGAGAUUAGGAGGCUUUACACAGAAUAGAAAUGAGAGUUUUAAUGUAUGGGCACUGGCUCCAAAAUCUUAUUCAAGUGGAAAAAAGAUACUUGAUAUUGUAACAAAUAUUACUGUUUGCAAUUUUAACUUUGGAUUCAGGAGUAUAAUGAAAAUUAUGAAAGUUUUGAAUCUCGUAGUGGGCCCUAACUAUUACAAUUUUUGUGAGGAAGCGGAUGCAUGGCGCGUUAAAAUGGCCGAACGCAGUCUCACCGGCGCAGCAAAAGAGGUCAGAAAAUCGUUAUUGUCAGCUAGAAAAGAAGUUGAUGAGGCUAAUGCAGAGAUGGAAGAACAGCUUUAUGGGGCAGGCAUCACAGAUUGA